UCGUAAACAAUUCUCGGAUGUCGCCAACUUGACAGGUUGUGCUCAUUCGCGAUGACGUCACGUGCGCGCCUGGACAGACCCGUUCCAACAUGGCCGCCGGCUUGCGAGCGACGACGCGCGAGAGGAAGAAAUGGAAAAUUGACAGCACUGAGGCCCGAGCCGGCGCCGGCAGCGGCAGCGGCAGCGACGGUCAGCCGCUGACGGACAAUAAACUGGCGGUUCCUUUCCGGGGCGACAUUGGCGGCGGAAUGCAUCCUGGGAGGAAGCUGGUUGUCGUGGCCAUCGUGGACUCGCACCCUGACAAGUUCUACGUGGCGCUGACGUGCGGGCGCGGCACGCGGGGCCGGCCGCCGCCCGACGUGGCGCUCGAGACGUGCGUGCGCUUCGGGGGCCGGCGCCAAGUGCUGCGUCGGGCCUGCGUGGCCGGCGUCUGGGGGCGGGCCGACAGCGACGUGCCCUUCUUUCCCUUCAUCGCGGGGCAGCCCUUUAAGAUGGAAGUGGAGUGCGAGUCGGGCGGCUUCCGGGUCUUCGUGGACGCGCAGAAGCUUUUUGACUUCCGGCACCGGUUGGCGCCGCUGCACUCGGUGGACACGCUGUGGAUCAAAGGCAGCGUCACCAUCACCAAGCUGGGCUAAAGAGGCCACUCCUCUGCUGUCUGGAAGAAAUCCAAAGCUGGAUGGCACGACAUUUCUUCAAAUACAACGAAAAGAGGACAGAGGUGAUAAUGUUUGGUCCCAGUGGCCCUUGUACCUUCCAUCCUGAAGACUUGGGCCCCCUGUCUCCUUCUCUUAAGUCAACACUCUCAAACUUGGGCCUUAAAAGUGAUUUCAAACUCGAUCGGCAAAUUGGUGCCGUUGUCCUUUCACCUUAGACAGCUGGCCAAAAUAAAAGCUCUCCUCUCACAUGAACACUUUUCAGACAGUAAUUGAUGCCUUUGUCACAGCCCGGCUCGAUGACUGCAAUGCCCUUUACUUUGGAGUCAGCCAGUCCUCCAUCAAGCGCCUUCAGCUGCUCCAGAAUGCCGCCGCUCGCCUCUCGACUGGCACUCGCAAGAGGGAGCACAUAACUCUUACUCUGGCAUCGCUUCACUGGCUCCCCAUUCUUUUUCAAGAUCCUCCUCUUUGUUUUCAAAUCUCUGAAUAAUCUGGCGCCACCUUACCUGAGCUCAUCCUACACCUGGCCGGCGCCUCAGGUCUGUGGACCAGACAUUAUUAGAAGUAACUAAAGUGAGGCUCAGAGGGGACGCAGCCUUUUCUCUUGCCGGUCCCUCUCUCUGGAAUGAGCUCCCACUGAACAUUGGGCAAGCCUCCUCGCUGCCCGUCUUCAAAACCCUCCUCAAAACUCACUUGUAUUCUUUGGCAUUCGACUCAGCAUGACUUUGAUUUGUUCUUGGUUUUACUGUUUGGUGUUUUCUAGCGCCUUUACUACCGAUUUGUCUUACUGUUUAUUGUGCAUGUUCAACUGCUCCAUGUACAGCACUUUGGCUGCAGCGAUGGCUGUGUGAAAGCGCUCCAGAAAUACUCUUGACUUGACCGUGGGUGCCCAUGCUAGGUGGCUACGUGUUAGCAUGGUUUCGAGCACAUUC